AGAGAAGCCGUUGGCUCUGUAUGUAUUCUCAAACAGUAAAGACCUAGUAGAGGUUUUCAUGGAACAAGUGCCUUAUGGUGGCUGUACUGUCAAUGAUGUGGUAUUCCAUGCUGCAGUUCAUGACCUACCUUUUGGUGGCAUUGGAAACAGUGGAAUGGGAGCUUAUCAUGGCAAAGCUUCCUACGACACUUUUACUCACCGUAAAUCCUGCCUUAUUCGGAACUACAACAAGAUUGCCGAUGUUAUUGGAGCCAAGCGUUACCCACCAUACAGUGAGAGCAACAUGAAGUUCCUCUCCAACAUGCUCAAGGAACGAGCAACUCCCAACUUAAAGUACUUGCCAUAUUUUCUUACAUUUGGCCUUGGUGUUGCUUCUGUCUUUGCUGUAAAGGAAAUUGCCAAGGGUGGUUUACAAGAAUGGUUGAAUCGUAGAGUUGGCUACACUUUCAGCUUUUUGCGAUCAUCCAGGUCUUAGCACUUUCAUAGAAGUUAUUCCUCAAUUAAAAAUAUAGAAUUGGAAAGUCAAGCAGUUGGAGCAGAUGACGAUUAGGGCGAAAUCAGGAAGGCCAGUAUUGUGUUUAUAAUGGCACAUCCAUAAACAUCGUAAGGGAAUUAUUUUUUCAGAUAUUAAAAAUAUAGUCUAGUGGAAGGACUUCAAAGUCAAAGAGAAGGCAGACCUUAUAUAGUUUUUGCAAAUAAUUUGUUUUCAAAAUAUGUAGCAAAAUUACCUACUGUUUUGCAUGGAAACUAUUAGCUUCACAUUAUUUUCUACAUCAAGAUGUAACUGUAUUUUGUUAUGUGUUGUAAAGGGAAGCCUUUUAAAGAUUUAUAUCAAAGGAAAGAAUUUUAUGAGAAUUUAAUGCUAUAAUUGUAACUCCUCAUCUUGCUUGGCCAGACUAGCAGAACAAGGAGGCUGUGUUCAAAAUCCUCCGGUACCAUCAUUACCCAUAUUACAACGAGCUAUAAAGUUUACUUUCUAUAUUAACCCAAUGUACGUGGAUGCCAUCAUAUGAUGCAAAGUGCAAUUGAUGGCCGAUCCCUUGGAGCAAUGGGCAGCCACACAGCCUGGGAGCUAAGUGGGCCAGGGGAUAUCAGCCACCAAGCUGGUGUCCCCCAAGCAAUCUUCCAAGGCCUAGGCCAGCUGCCCUGGGCCUGCACAGGCAAUGGGGCAUUUCCUGCCAAAGGAGUUGAAUGCCUUAGGCACGUGCUAAAACUAGGCCCUUCACCCUUUCUGAGCGCAUUUACAUAUGUUUGUGUGCUUGCAUGUAUUUGCAAGGGUUUAUAUAUACUUUUGCAAACAUGUAUUUUUUCAUAUAUUCAUAAACAAAUACAUACAUGUGAAGAAGGAAAGCACCACCCGCACAAUGCGCACUCGCCAGCGCGGUCCCAUGCACCACCUGAGUCCAAAAUAAUUAUUACUAUGGGAUUACAGUCAAUAUUGCAAAAUACCACAACCAAUGGGUUAAUAUACCAGUGCCUUUAUAAUAUAUUAUACAUAUGUUUGAUAAUCAUACUCUGAUGCAAUAUGUAAUUUAACUCUAAGUGACUAACACAAAAUAAUCUUAAUAUAAACAGCAUUGUAAUUUUCAGUAAUUAUCAUUGUAUACAAAAACCAUUUUGACAUCAUCUCUUCCUGCUACCUAGCUGCAGAGAUUUGGGGAGACAGACAAUCUGGACUCUUUGUAAUGACCA